UAAACCUAACUGAUCAACCAGUACUGAACUUUAAUUUUGGGCUACUGUAAUUUUCAAAUUCCACAUACAGACAUCUCAUUAUCUUGACCAACGUUGAAAGUGUAGUAUUGAUAUGAUGUUGUUGUUUUUUUACUUUUCUGUGUCAGAUUUAAACUUAUAAUCACACAGUUUUGCAUAUGAAAAGACAGAGCUAAUUUAAAUGCUGAACAUGAUCGUGAGCAAUUGUGCCAAUGAAGUGCACAUGAGGACUUUCUGAUUUGUUUCCCAACCACUGACAACCUCAUGAGGCUUGUGAACCUCAUAUCUUUUUAUUUUACAUGUAAUUGCACUUGUCCAGCACGAAAAGAUUUUCAGUUUCACAUCAGUUUCUCCUUUGAGCAAAUCAAGAGGCUUGAUCCUGCAUAACCUGGAGCCACACUACCAGGACAUCUGAGAGUAUGGACUUUCCUGAUGAGAGGGGAGAUUAUGAACUUGAGAACAGUGUUCAGAAGUCUAUGGCACAAGUGCAGACAGACAGUGAAGAAGAUGCCUCUGUAGGAAAGAAAAACACAGAAGAGGAGUUUGCUGGCACACCUCUCGCUCAAGCUCAUUCACUUUGGACCAGUGAUGUUAAAGGCUCAGUGAGACUGAGAAUAGAAGAAGGAUGUUCAGAGGAGCCUGUCACAGUUCACCAAAUGUUCAAAGCCUCGGUCGAAAGAUACGGUAACAUGUACGCACUUGCGAGCAAGAAGGACAACAAAUGGGAAAAGAUAACGUUCCUAGAGUAUUAUCAGUUCUGCCGGAGAGCAGCAAAGAGCUUUAUCAAGCUUGGUUUAGAGCGAUUCCAUGGAGUGGCAAUACUAGGAUUCAAUUCAGCAGAAUGGUUCUUCUCUGCGGUCGGUGCCAUCAUGGCAGGGGGGACAAUGACAGGAAUUUAUGCCACAAACUCACCAGAAGCUUGUCAGUAUGUGGCCAGUGACGCCAAAGCCAACAUUAUUGUGGUGGAAAACCAAAAGCAACUGGAUAAAAUCUUGCAGAUACGUGACAGACUGCCCCAUUUGAAAGCCAUAGUGCAGUACAGUGGACAGCCCCUGCAGACGGUCUCCAAUCUUUACUCUUGGGAGGAGUUCAUGGAGCUGGGUCUGGAUGUUUCUGAGAAAGAGCUGGAUGACAUCAUCGGCAGCCAGAGAGCCAACCAAUGCUGUGUCCUGAUCUACACCUCUGGCACCACCGGCAAGCCGAAAGGAGUCAUGCUCAGUCAUGACAAUAUCACAUGGACCGCCAAUUAUGCCAGCAAGGCCGGGGACGUGCAGCCGGCCGACACUAAACAGGAGUCACUAGUGAGCUACCUGCCUCUCAGCCACAUCGCUGCUCAGAUCUAUGAUCUAUGGAAGGGCAUCCAGUGGGGUGAACUGGUGUACUUUGCACAGCCAGAUGCCUUAAAGGGCAGCCUGAUAACGACUUUGCGAGAAGUUUGUCCCACAUCCCACAUGGGUGUCCCGCGGGUGUGGGAGAAAAUCAUGGAGAAGAUAAAACAGGCAAUCAGUGAGUGUGGAUAUGUGAAAAAGAAACUGGUGACAUGGGCGAUGUCAGUCAGUCUGGAUGCCAAUCAAAAGUGUACGCAAAAGGAUGAUGAGAAACCGUUCCUCUUUACCCUGGCUGACAGCCUGGUGCUGCAGAGGCUUCGGGCUGAGCUGGGCCUGUCUUGCUGUGAGAAGUUCUUCUCUGGAGCCGCACCUAUCGGCAGUGAAACGGUGCAGUUUUUCCUCGGCCUGAAUAUCCGGUUGUAUGAGGCAUAUGGCAUGAGUGAGAGCACAGGACCUCACUUUAUGUCAAGUCCCAAAGCUUACAAACUACCAAGCUGUGGUAAGGUGGUGCCUGGUUGUCACUACAAAAUGGCCAACGUAGACUCCGAGGGCAUUGGCGAAAUUUGCUUUUGGGGACGUAACAUUUUCAUGGGUUUCCUCAACAUGGAAGACAAAACAAGAGAAGCUUUGGAUGAAGACGGAUGGCUCCAUUCUGGAGACCUGGGGAGGAUAGACGAAGAGGGUUUCUUGUUCAUCACAGGGCGAAUAAAAGAGCUCAUCAUCACAGCUGGAGGGGAGAAUGUCCCCCCUGUUCCCAUCGAGGAGGCAGUGAAGAAGGAGGUACCGAUCAUCAGCAAUGCCAUGCUCAUAGGGGACAAGAGGAAGUUCUUGUCAAUGCUUUUAACACUGAAGUGUUGCAGCGAUAAAGAGACUACGGAGCCAACAGAGGAGCUGAGUUCGGAGGCCGUGGAGUUUUGCCGACAGCUGGGCAGCCAAGCAACCAAGGUGUCUGACAUCACUGAGGGAAAAGACAAAGACGUGCAUCAGGCCAUUCAAGAGGGAAUCAACAGAGUCAACGCUGCGGCCACCUCUAAUGCCCAACGCAUACAGAAGUGGACGAUUCUAGAAAAAGACUUCACUGUUUCCGGAGGAGAGCUGGGUCCCACGAUGAAGCUUCGUCGCCCUGUUGUGUUGGAGAUGUACCACAAGGUCAUAGAGAGCCUCUAUCAGCAGUAGUGUCAUGUUCCCGGAGGAAUGACUGUGUCGCUGUUAGUAUGAAGAUCACGUGUCACUUGCACAUCUCAUCAUUCUUGUUGACGCACAUGGAAUUUAAUUAUAUCUGUGUCUCGUGUCAGAGUGCAUAAAUAAUACAGGAACCAUAUUUAAUUUUAUAUAUUUAAGAGGAAAACAAGAUUAAGUUUUAAAUAGUGAAUAAUAUUGAGAAAGCCACCAUUUUGAUGCAUCAUCUCAUCGACUUAAAUAUUUGUUUUAAUUCAUAUUUGUCUCCGGUCAACAAGUUAUUUUCACUGCUAUGAAAUCAUACCAACAUCUUACCCAGUAUUUUGUGUGAAUGUUUCAUGUGGUUUAAACC